AUGUUGUGUCGCAGAUUGCAAGAUUUAACUUAUUGUAUAUCAUAUAAUGUUAAUUUUUUUAAUGAUAAAGCACAUGGAUCAAAACAAUUCCGGAAGAAGUAUACAAUGUUAGAGGAGCUUGGUCGUGGUGGUUUUGGUAUUGUUUAUAAAGCAGAACGAAAUGAUGAUAAUGCUCCAGUUGCGGUCAAAUUCGUUGAGCAUAAACGAGUCCGAGAAUGGACUAUGAAAUGUAAACAAUUAAUUCCAACAGAAAUUUGCUUGUUGGAUAUUUGUCGUAAUGUGCCGGGAGUUGUUCAAUUAAUUGAUUGGUUUGCUAAUUCGAAAGGAUUUCUAAUAGUAAUGGAACGACCACAGCAAUGUUUAGAUCUAUUCGAUUUAAUUUCAAUUUAUGGUUAUUUGGAUGAAGAUAUUGCACGAUCGAUAUUUGUGCAAAUAUUAAAUACAACUUGUUUGUUAUAUAACACAUAUGGUAUCUUUCAUCGAGAUAUUAAGGAUGAGAAUAUAAUAAUUAAUAUGGAUACGGGAGAAGCUAUCCUAGUGGAUUUCGGUGCUGCAGCACUCAUUUCUGAGGAGUGUGUCAAAGAAUUCCAAGGUACUCGUUUGUAUUGUCCACCGGAAUGGUUUAAACGGUUAUCUUAUAAGCCAUUAGAAGCAACAGUAUGGUCACUUGGUAUAGUCCUAUAUGUUAUGGUUUCAGGAUAUUUACCAUUUCAAAAUGAAAUACAAAUUUGUUUAGGCAGAUUUAACAUUCCAAAAUACAUCUCAAAAGAUUGUGAAAAUUUGUUGCGUCAAUGUCUUGCGGUGACACCAUCUAGAAGACCAGAUUUAUUAGAAAUUUUCAAACAUCGAUGGUUGAAUCAACCUAUUGUUGUGCAUUUGGAAUCAUUUAAGAUCGUACUUCAACAACAUUUGAAGAGGAGGAAAGAAGCACAGAAUCAAAAAAAGUUGAAACAGAAUAGUAAAAUUCAGGAGAAAGACCAAAAGGGUACCAUUGCGAACAAAAACACAAAGGCGAACGAAUUCACUGCAACAAAGAAUAUUUCCACAAAUAGCGAAAUUUCGGCUGUCAAUAGCCCUGUCAUACCAUUGCAAUCUCAUGAUAACGGCGCUUUCAGUUCUGAAUUAUUGAACAAACACCGCCAUCAUUCGAGUUAUGAUAACGUUGUGAUAAAUGUACGAACAGAUAUACUUACACGGCAAGAAUGUUAUGGAACUAAUAAUAAUGUACUGAUUCAUCCAAGUUCUAUCGCCGAAGAAUCAGAAUACAGUGAUUCACCAUUUUAUUCAGAUUAUGAAUCAUUCUCUACGAUCGUUACCGAUCCACAAAAUUCCGAAUCAUAUGUUACUGCUUUAGAAGAUCAGAGCGAAUGUUCUUUUCAACGAUCGAAAGAAGCUACUACAAUUGAAACUUUCAACAAUAACUCGCUUAAUCAAAUGCUAUCAUUUUAUAAUAAUAAAGCAGUACAAGCAAAUUGUCCAGAUAGGCCUAUAGAAAGUAUUCAUCAACAAGAAGUGAUGAAUUUUAGGCCUAUCGCAAACCAUUCGUUUCAAAAUAUAUUAUCAGGAUCUAAAUACGGAUUUCUAAAGUUGCAAUUGCCUUUAAAUUACCAUGAAAACGAUUAUUCACAAAAAGCAGCAAGUGUUGAUGAUAGUUUAUUAAGAAUAUUUGAUACUGAAUUACGGAGAUCCUCAACUUCUACAAUUGUUUCGAAGUAA